AUGGCAGCUAAAUAGUUAUGGUUCACCCAUAUUGAUUGGAUGAUCAACUGGAUGGGAUUUAGUUUCUUAGCCUUAUUGAUUGGUUUAAUCUAUGCUGAUGUAUAGAGUCCUAAAUUUGUAGAAUGGACAAGUAACCCUUUUUCUGCAUGGAAUUUUAUUGGUUCAGCAGGUAUCCCAGUUGUUUAUGUUCUCAUGGCUAUUGGAUGCACUCUUUCAAUGGUUAUAGCCUAGCCAAGAGAUAAAAAAGCUUAUGACUGGAAAAAAUUCUUAGUAGGCUUUACUCUAGUCUGGGGCUUUACAAUGUUAUCAAAAUGGUUAGCUGCUUAAAAAAAUGUAAAAAGUGCUAAAUUAGGUGAUUCUAUUUGGGCUAUCUUUUUCGGAUGCUCCUUGUAUCACAUAGUUAAAAGAUUAAACAAAUAGCUUUUACAUUGUUUAGAUUUAGCCAAGCAGACAGAACUAUACAUCGCUACAUCACUUGUACUUCUAGUUAUCAAUUACAGUGAUCUUAAGACAAUUAUUGGAAAUUCCGUCUUUGUAGCAUGGAUUGAUACUCCUAUUCUGUUUGUACUCUUCUCAUAUAUCGGUGUAACUGUUUUCAAAUUACGUCCUAAGUAAUCUAUGAUUCUCACUGGCUGUACUGUAAUUUGUGGUUCUUCUGCAGCCACUGCAAUUAGAAAUUCUCUUAAAGGUAAAGAAAAGGACUAAAAAGACGCUAUCCUUAUCAGUUCUCUCUUAACUAUUCCUUGUAUAGCUAUUUUACCAAUUAUUGCAUAAUCUGCAGGUUUUAGCGACGAUAUCUCAGGAGCAUGGUUUGGAGGAAGUGUAGAUAGUACUGGUGCAGUGCUUGCCACAUCUAACUAAUAUGGUAGCGGAUCUGCAGCUUCUAGCGCUGUUGUUAAGAUGGUCUAAAAUAUAUUAAUAGCACCAAUAUCAGUUUUUGUUGUUGCCUUUUACAUUAAAUACUAAGAUAGAAUAGAUGAAGUAGAACUUAAGCGUACAAGAGUUAAGUCAAGAACUGCAUCAUAAUAGGGUGAAGCAUAAAGAGCAUAAAGAUUAGAAUCUAAGAAAGGAAGAACUUCUCGUCAGCCUUCUAGAAAUUAAGAAGAUGUUUCAAAUAAUUUAGCAGAUAGGAAAGUAAGUAUAAAUGAUUGUAAAGAAAAUAGAGAAGAGAGAUCUGUUAGCAAAAGAGAAGGAAGAAUUAACAGCAAAAGAGAAGGAAGAAUUAACAGUAAAAGAAAUGACAUAGAAUAGCCAUUAGUUGAAAAACCAAAGCAAAUUUCAUAUCUUGGUCUUAUUUGGGAAAGAUUCCCUAAGUUUGUUUUAGGUUUUAUUGUUUCAAUUUUAGUAUUUAAUCUUGCUGUAGUUAGUGAUAAGUAAAAGGAAGGUAAAGACUUUAUUUUCUGUGUCUCUGAGUGGUUCUCUACCUGCUCAUUUGUUAGCAUUGGUAUGAGUCUUUAACUUGCUAAAGGUGAUGGUAGGGAACUAAUGAUCUUAUCUGGUAUUUACCUCAUUAUUUAAAUGGUUGAUAUAUUAACUACUCUUGGAUACGCAUACAUAUCAUUUACUUAUUUCUGA